AUGCCCCAUAAAACAUCGGCAGGACAAUCAGAUGCUCCAGACAUUCUGAGAAGCAAUGUGCUGCAGAAUUUGGGGGCCAACAUUGACGAUGUUCGUCACAUGGAGGAAAAAAUGCUUCGUCUUCUCGAGGAUUUUGAGGCUGGAAAAAUAGUUUCUGUUGGUGCGGACUGUCCUUAUGACAAAUUGGAUGCAGUUAGGGAGCAGCAGGAAGAACUGAUGCUUCUUCAUUUUGAGUUGGACAAUAAAAUGCAGAGCACGGCUGGACCCAUCUCAGGACGAAAUCGGCAGCAAGCACGACGGUUAUUGAUGGAGGAGGGAAGAAAGACGUCAAGAUCAAAUUUGUCGACACUGGUGAACAAGUUGGAGGCUCUGAGUCAUUCUAUAAUCUUCAUAGCCAGCCAAAAGUGUGACAACCUCGAUGACUUGGUUUCCAGUUAUAACAAAAUAUGUGAAUAUACUUUAUUACUUUUCCUUUCCAGUCAUUCGUUUGGGGUGUUCUUAGAGGCUUCCGAUAAGCGUGGGAAUCAGAUGUGGACCUGUACUGUUCGGAGGCACCUAGGCUCAUGCGUCCGAAUUGCUCGGGUCGGUGCGAUUUUUCGACCCGCUGGGCGUUCACGUGUAGUGGGGUGUCGCGAUCUGCCACAGGCGACUUAUGCAACCGAAGAUCCUGUUUUCUGA